CAAAAACGGACCGGUAGUGCUGACGGUGGAUUCGGAAUGGUGUUUGUCUGAGUUUUCGUUGAGAAGUUGAGAUUUGCAAUGUCAGCCUGGCGUGUGUAAAUUGGUGCGCCCGUCGGACUUCCAUAUGGCUGUGUAUGAUGAGGACAUCCUGAAGAACCCUUUUUACCUGGCACUGGAAAAGCAGCGCCCAGAGCUGUGCAGCAGAGUCGCAGAAGCCCAUGGUGUUGUCCUGGUGCCGUGCUGCGGAAGUCUGCCUGCCAGAAGCUAUGACCCGGCCCUGUUUGAGAGCUACAUCCUGCUGCCUGUGGAGGGAGGCUACCGGACUCUCAGUGGAAAGGAGGUGGUCAUUCAGGACAGCCUGGUCAAGCUGGGAGCUGGCUUCAACACACCGCCCACUGUUCCCGUUCUGUUCGAGGAGACCUUCUACAAUGAAAAAGAGCAGUGCUACAGCAUCCUGUGCAUUGCUCGCCCUGUAGAAACCGCCCAUAGCCCAGUGGAAAUAGUUGCUCCGACAGCUCCAUACUGUUUGAAAAACGUGGAGGACGUCAAGGAGUUCUUGGGUCGGCAUGCAGAAAAGCUGGACAAGUUCGUCGCCGCUUUUCGGAAUACUUUCAAGGAGCACGAAAGGAAAGGGCUCCGCCACCAAAUAGAUUCUGUGAACGCACUUUACACAAGAUGUCUUCAGUGCUUGCUCAGAGACUCACGACUAAAGGUACUGUCCAAGCAGGAGCUCCAGAUGACUCUUCUCAAGCAAGCAGUGGAGAUGUAUAUACACCAUGGUAUCCAUGAUUUAAUCUUUAAGUAUGUGGGGACCAUUGAAGCCUUCCAGGAUGCUGCAUUUAACAAGACUACCAGACGUCUACAGGACCUUCAGCAAAAAGACUUGGGAGUUAAAUCUGAAUUUAGCAUCAACGUGCCGCGGGCCAAGCGGGAGCUGGGCCAGCUGAACCGCUGCACCUCUCCCCUGCAGAAGCUGCUGUGCCUCCGCAAGGUGGCCCUGGCCAUCGUGCAGCCCCCCAGCCGCAGAGUGAACAUAGAGGCCAUGUGUGCCGAUGACCUCCUGUCUGUGCUGUUGUAUUUAUUGGUGAAAACAGAAGUACCCAACUGGAUGGCCAACCUCAGCUACAUCAAGAACUUCCGGUUCUGCCACUCUUCAAAGGACGAGCUGAGCUACUGCCUGACGUCGUUCGAGGCCGCGGUGGAGUACAUCAGCCAGGGCAACCUCACCCUGAGGCAGACGGGGUCUGGCGAACUGAACGACAAGCUGUUCUUCAGACAGAAAGUGAACCUGCUCUCCCAGAAUUCAGCUACCCCGACAGACUGUCUGUUUGAGCACAUCGCCAACGGGAACGAGGCAGAGGUGAGGCGGCUGCUGAGCGAGGCCGAGAGUGAAGAGGAAGGCUUGGAGAUGUGCCAUCCCCUGUGCUCCUGUGAGCGCUGUGAGAGGCAGGCGUCAGGACAUCAGAUCGUAUUACGUUUUAAGACUGGUUUUGAAUCCUGUUGCUAUGGAAAGCACCACAGCAGCAAAGAAGUGGCAGUGUCUCUUAGCCUUGUUACCUGCGAACAUGGAGAUGAUUGCACCGAAAUCAAUUGGAGGCUGAAUGACCCAUCCAUUGUCACUCCUUUCUCCCGCGAUGACAGGGGCUACACGCCACUCCACAUUGCUGCUAUUUGUGGUCAGACGUUGCUGAUCGACGUGCUGGUGUCCAAGGGGGCAGUGGUCAACGCCACAGACUACCACGCCCUCACGCCCCUUCACCUGUCCUGUCAGAAGGGCUACCAGGGCGUGACGUUGCUGCUCCUGCACUACAAAGCCAGGACUUCCGUACAGGACAACAACGGGAACACCCCCCUCCAUCUGGCCUGCAUGUAUGGACACGAAGACUGUGUGAAGGCGCUCGUGUACUACGACGUCCUCUCCUGCCAGCUGGACAUCCAGAACGACAAGGGGGACACCCCCUUGCACAUCGCUGCGCGCUGGGGCUACGAGGGCAUCAUCGAGGUGCUGCUGGAGAACGGCGCCAGCACCUCCCUGGAGAACAGAGCCAAGGAGACCCCUUUCCAGUGUGCACUCAACACGCGGAUCUUGUCCCUCCUGGAGCUGACAAACAAUGGGUUUGAGGGGAGGCAGAGUGCUGGUGAGUCUCCCCGGAGGUCCCCCCAGCCCUCCGCAGAGCCCGCCAGCCGCCACUCCUCGAUCUCCAGCACCUCCUCCCUCAGCACGGACAUCAAGCCCGACGGCGACAGGGGGGCGCUCAAAGAGGUGGAGAAGCUGCUGCGCGCGGUGGCGGAUGGCGAUGUGGAGAUGGUGCGAUACCUGCUGGAAUGGCUGGAUGAGGAGCCCGAUGACGAGGAGGAAGGGCCGAGACCGCUGCUGGAGUCCGACUUCUGCCACCCGCUCUGCCAGUGCGCCAAGUGUGCGCCCACACAGAAGAAGCUGUCCUGCCUGCAGGCGAGCGGGCUGGGCGUGAACAGCGGUAACCAGGACGGCUUUACUCCGCUGCACGUGGCCGCCCUGCACGGGCACGCCCCCCUGGUGUCCCUGCUCACGCGCCGCGGCGCCAACAUCAACGCCAGGAACGGGCAGAGUGCCACCCCGUUGCACCUCGCCUGCCAGAACAGCCACCUACAGGUGGUGACAGUUCUGCUCGAGUGCAAUGCCAAAGCGAACAAGAAAGACCAUUUUGGAAAUACCCCACUGAUCCACGCCUGCCUGCGAGGACACCUGGACACGGCCACAACCUUACUGCAGAGUGGGGCCUCCGUGAACCUGGCCAAUAACCAAGGCAACACAGCCCUGCACGAAGCAGUGAGAGGGGGACACCAGGCCCUGGUGGAGCUGCUGCUCCAGUAUGGGGCGUCCGUCCAUCUGAGGAACAAGCGUCAGAGGACGCCCCUCGACUGUACCCUGGAUGCGGGGGGCAAGAACUCCGAGAUUGCGAAGAUCCUUCAGAAAGCGUCUGGUCAUUCCCCAGAAGAGACUGCUGCAACCCUGCCAGUCCUUCCCAGAGCCCACCUGGGCAAGACAUCGUUAGUGAAGCAGCUCAGAGCCCUGGACGAGCCCCAUCGCGGAGAGCUGGAGGUGGUUCAGUCGCUGCACAGACACCUGCAGUGGCGGAAGUCCGUGCCUCGGGACACGAGUGUGCCAUCGUUUGACUCCAGCCAGUGUCAGGUGCCGGUCCAGAGGGCCGAGAGAGGCCGGCUGAAGCGUGCGGAGACCCUUUGCCCGAGUGGCUCCCUGACGCCCCCCCCUGACCAGGCGGACCGUUCCCCGACGGCGCCGGAAGGCACUCGCGCCAAGAGCCUGGGUCGGCGACACACGGUCGACCUGGACCACGACCGCGGCGCAGAGCGACCGCGGCCCGGCCCGCACGCUGACCUCUGCGACUCGGCCUUUGAGGUGAACGGCGCCGCCGCAGCGGAGGGCGGGCAGGGAGCCCCCCCACAGCCCAGCGCCAGGCCCGGGAGUCAGCCGGCUAGAGCUGAGCCCCGAGAAAUGGAGGAGCUGUCCUCAAAAGCACUGUAAACCUGCCCCGCGCGGGCCGAGAGGCUGCGAUUCGCUCGCUGGCCACUGCCGGUGGGAGGUCUCCAGGGCUCCAGCCCUGCGGCGAGGGCGGCGAGGGCAGCGAGUGCGAGUUCACCUGAAGAGUCCGGCUGCUGAGUUUUUCAGGACUGUUUGCAAAAAGAGAGGGACCCGCAAAAGACCUCUUGGGGAGACGCCGACACACUUUAGCCAAGUUGUGGCAAUAGCUGUUUUACUGACUUCUUUUAAAAGAGAAAUCAUCUAAUUUGAUCCUCUCGAUCCUCCAUAUAAAGGGAAGUGCACAUCUGACAGACUCAAACCUGUUUGGUUGCUGUUUAGAAUUAUUUUCCACACUGUAGGAGCACCUGAGGGCCUGAUGUCUGUGGUAGCUUAGGUGCACUGAUCCUUUUCAGAUACAAAGGCCAGAGUCUAGAGUCCUGAUGGACUGACAGGAGUAAUUACUGGUCCCUCCAACAUCAGCUUUGGAAUUGUAGACGAGGUGGGUUUUGAUGAGGGUUUGCAGUACCUAUAGGCUCUGAAAAGACCGGACAACAAGGAAUGAUGUAACAAAUCUGAUCAUCUUGGUUACUGUGUAAAGCAAAUUAUUAUUUUACUAUUUUUGUAAACUAUUUUGUUUCCUUGAAUGUCUAAUAGUUCAGAACAGUUGUCAUUCUAAUUUUGUGGUUCCGUGUUUCACGAAUUGUUGGGUAUUUUUUAAGGUUUUGGAGAAGAUGCAAUAAUAGGGCGAGGUGACGCUUUCUUUCGGUGUUUAUGUGACGCCAAAGGAAUUGCAAGCCAGGCGGGUGCUGCGAGUAACUGGCCUUGUGUUGGCGCACCCUAGGGAGAUGGGGGUGUGACGCUCGUAAACCAAGAUCCGUUUCUUCCUGUCCAGCUCGACCCGUGUCUAGAUCCAGCUCACACACCAGACAGGUAGCCCUGUCCAGUUCCCCAGCUGGCUCGGGCUAGGAGUGGUGCAGACAGGACAUUAGAGCAGCACACCUUCUCUGAACGACCCCUUUUCUGUUCAUCUCGCCGCUCAAGACCUGCACAGCAAAGCCCUCUUUCAAACAGGGUUUUACCACCACGUUUGUGUGCAGAGAUGGAUUGGUCUAAAAUUAGGUUUCACAGUGUGUGAUGUAGAAUUUUAUCAUGACUACCACUUCUUCAGCGGACCUCAUUUUUAACAAGGGCAGCACAAGAAAGACCUGGGUGGUUUUGUUCAUUUCAGCUGUUGUUAAAAAAGGAAGGAGCUAUAGUUUUGAUUUCACACGAGCAGUUUUAUUACAAGGUGGUUCACGAAUAUAGUUUUGAUCACCAUGUUCUUGUGGUGUAACUGAAGGUAUCCUUUCCAAAUCUAAAUCAGGAUGGAGUUAUUUUUCUACAGUGUACUUUUGUUGUUGCUGUGUUUUGCUUUUGCAAACCUAAUUUCCUAACGUGGUGAACGUGCCUUAUUUAAUUUGUGCCAAAAUGUAACACACACAAUAAAGUGAUGAAGGAGUGUAACUGUAAUCAGA